AUGAUGUUGCAAGUAUCUUACAGCACGUUCCCAGAAGCUUUCUCAUUUCUGAUUGUCAUAUUGGGAAUCUCAGUCUGGUAUUUAUAUUCCAAUCGAAUGUCAAGGAAACCGACGGCUCCAUUGCCGCCUGGUCCCCGUGGACUUCCGAUUGUGGGAUAUCUUCCCUUUCUAGGAUUGGAUAAUCUCCACCUGCUGUUCACAGACUUGGCCGGAGCAUACGGUCCUAUCUUCAAGCUCCGGCUUGGAAACAAACUAACCAUAGUGGUUAGCUCUCCAUCCCUUGUAAAACAAGUGGUCCGUGACCAUGAUUUAGCAUUUUCCGAGCGAGAACCUACCAUUGCUGCACAGGUUAUCACCUUCGGCACCAACAAUAUCGCGUUCGACUCUUACAGCAAUCCCAGUUGGAAAAACAAGCGCAAAAUCCUUGCAACCGAUAUGCUCAGCAACGCCAAUCUUAAUGCCUGUUAUGGCCUACGCCGAGAACAGAUGAUGAAAACCAUUAGGGAUGUGUAUGAAAACGCAGACAAGGCGUUUGAUAUCGGUGAAUUGGCGUUUCUAACUGCGAUCAAUGCGACCAUCAGCAUGAUGUGGGGAAGCAAACUCCGAGGACAGGAAGGGGCUACAAUUCAGGGUCACUUCAAAGAUCUUUCGUCGGAAAUAAUGGUGUUACUGGGAAAACCGAAUUUUUCCGAUAUUUUCCCCUCGAUUGCAUGGUUCGACUUGCAAGGAAUUGAAAGGGAUAUGAAGAAAAUCCGUCGAUCGUUCAAUGAACUCUUGGAUUGUGUGAUUGAACUAAGAAUGAAGGCUGCCGGUGAGAAGGAAGAGGUUGACGGAAUGAGUGAACAAAAAACAGACUUUUUACAGUUUAUGUUGGAUUUACACAACGAGAACGAAGAUGGCGCAGCAUCACUCAGAAUGAAUCAAAUCAAGGGUAUUCUCAUGGACACUGUGGUGGGUGGAACGGAUACUACUUCAACUACGACAGAGUGGGUAAUGGCAGAGCUAAAGCAAAAUCCAGAAAUAAUGGAGAAAGUUAAGAAAGAAUUAGAUGAUGUUGUUGGCCUAAACAACAUCGUUGAAGAGUUUCACUUGCCUAAUUUAAGUUACCUAAAUGCAGUGAUAAGGAGGCUUUCCUCUGCAUUCACCACUACCCCUUUUUGUUCCCCGUUCUUGUGGUAAAUCACUCCAUCUCGGUGGCUAUACCACACCAAAGGGAAGCAGAGUGUUCCUAAAUAUGUGGUCCGUUCACAAGGACCCAAUAUUUGGGACAAUCCUUCCGAAUUUCGACCCGAGAGGUUCUUGAAUGAAAGUUUUGAUUUUCAUGGAAAUGAUUUCCGGUAUUUGCCAUUUGGGUCCGGAAGGAGAAGGUGUCCCGACCUUUCCCUUGGGGAAAAGAUGUCUUUCAUAUUGGCCUCAUUGGUUCAUUCUUUUGAGUGGAAAUUGCCGCAUGGAACUGAGCUUGACCUGUCCGGUAGAUUUGGAAUUGUUGUGAAGAA